AUGGUACUCUACACUAUUGGUUCUGUAAUUGGAAAUGAUUUGAGUGUCAAUGAAACAGAUGUAUGGACAGAGGAUACAGAAAGUAUUUAUAAUAUCAAUGGUGAUAUUGAAUUUGACAAUGUCAACUUUAUUUAUCCUUCUCGUAAAGAUACACCAGUUCUGCAUAAUCUCUCUUUUAUUGCUCGUGCUGGUCAGACAACUGCUCUCGUAGGUUUAAGUGGCUGUGGAAAAAGUACAUGUAUAUCACUUUUUCUUCGUUACUACAAACCUUCAUCGGGUCGAAUAAUCAUUAAUGAUCGGCCCAUAGCAGAUUACAACGUCAAACAACUUCGACAAAACACUGGAGUUGUUAGUCAAGAACCAAUUUUAUUCGGUAUGAGUAUUUAUGAAAAUAUUUGUUUUGGCAAAGUAAAUGCAACACAAGCAGAAAUUGAACAAGCAGCACGAGAAGCAAAUGCACAUAAUUUCAUCAUGCAGUUACCAAAUAAAUAUGAAACACUUGUUGGUGAGCGUGGCAUACAGUUGAGUGGUGGUGAAAAACAACGUAUUGCAUUAGCUCGUGCACUUGUCAAACAACCUACUUUCCUUUUAUUGGAUGAAGCAACAAGUGCACUUGAUAAUGUAAGUGAAAAAGUUGUUCAAGAAGCACUGGAUCGAGCAUGCAGAGAUCGUACAACUAUUGUUAUUGCUCAUCGUUUGACUACAAUUAAAAAUGCUCAUCAAAUAUAUGUGUUAGAUAAUGGAGGUGUGAUUGAACAAGGUACACAUGAAACAUUGAUGGCAAAAGAAGGAGGCAAAUAUCAAGCAAUGGUUAAACGUCAACAGAUGGAAAGCAUCUAUGAUGAUCAAGAUGAUAUAAUGAGCCUACAAAAAACAACAGAAGAAGAUAAAAAUUUGAUAACAGGAUCGAAAUUGACGCAACGUAUUCGUUUGAAAGCUUUUGGAUGUCUUCUUCGUCAAGAAAUUGCUUAUUUCGAUCGAUCUGAAAAUAGUUCUGGUGCAAUUUGUGCUCGUCUUUCUUCUAAUGCAUCAGCCAUUCAAGAGAUGACCGGUACACGCCGUAUUGCUGCAUCAGUCUCAGCUGCUAAAACGUUUUUCAUUUUAUUUGAUCGAAAACCAGCUAUUGAUAAUACAUCAAGUGAAGGUCAUGCAUUAGUUGAUUUUCACGGAGAGAUAAAAUUUAAUCAAGUGAAAUUUAUCUAUCCAACUCGGCCAACAUCUAUUGUUCUUAACAAAUUCCAAUUGAAUAUCAAAGCAAGUCAACAUGUAGCUCUUGUUGGUACAUCUGGGUGUGGAAAAUCUACAAUUAUUCAACUGUUAGAACGAUUCUAUGAUGUUGCAAGUGGUGAAUUACUUAUUGAUGGUAUGGAUAUUCGAAAGCUAAACCUUCAUUCGCUUCGUUCUCAUUUUGGUCUUGUCAGUCAAGAACCAGUAUUGUUCAAUUUAACAAUUGCUGAAAACAUAGCAUAUGGCUUAGAAAAUGUUGCAAUGGAAGACAUUAUCAAUGCAGCACGUAAAGCUAAUAUUCAUCAAUUUAUUGAACAAUUACCUCAGGGUUAUGAAACUAAAGUAGGCUCAAAAGGCUGUUUUCUAUCAGGUGGUGAGAAGCAGCGUAUUGCAAUUGCUCGAGUUCUUCUUCGUCGGCCUAAAGUAUUGCUCUUAGAUGAAGCUACAAGUGCCAUGGAUUCGCACAAUGAACAAAUUGUACAAGAAGCACUUGAACAGGCUCAAAGAGACGAUUCUAGUCGAACGUCACUCAUUAUUGCUCAUCGUCUAUCAACUAUUCGUUCAUGCGAUUUGAUUUGUGUACUUGAUAGAGGACAUAUAGUGGAAAAUGGUACUCAUACAGAACUGAUACAACGACGUGGACCGUAUUAUAAAAUGCUUGCUCAAAAUAAUUUACAAUAA